AUGUACAGUCGAGAUUCAAGACAUAAUCAUGGCACUAAUUACAAUAACUAUGGAUAUCGCAAUGAAGCUAGUACGAAUCGAAACAAUCAAAGACGAAAUCAUGUAAUACCUAAUGAACCACCAUAUACAGCUUAUAUCGGCAAUGCACCUGAAACAAUGGUUCAAGGUGAUUUUGAACAUCAGUUGUUCGUCGGUUUGAAAGUGAAACAAGUUCGAUUGGUUCGCGACCGACAGACAGAUCGGUUUCGAGGCUUUGCGUAUGUUGAUUUUGAGGAUGCGGAUUCCUUACGUAGUGCCAUUGCAUUGGAUGGAACGUGCGUCAAUGAUCAACCGAUUCGAAUUGAUGUAGCCAAUCGACCGCUGAAUAUGACAAAAUCUCAAGGUUUUCGACAUAAACCCGACAUGGAAUCUCAUAAUGCUUCGCGUCGUCCACAGUAUGGUAAUAACAAUUACAACCGACCGACCGGUGAAUCUCGCCAAGGUAGAAAUCCGCAAGAUCUAAACAACGUUUCUGAUCGUGAUUAUCCAGAUAGUAGACAUACACAGGGUUACUACGAGCAAGUAAAUACAAAAUAUUCGUCGACAAACUUAUAUGAUGGUAACGAACGAGAAGUUCAAUCUCCGAAGGACGAAACAUCGCGUAAAUUAUCGGACGACGUUUUCAUCGCACCUGAUACACCGAUAUCCAAUAAUGAAGACGAAAAUUAUGAAGAAGUGAAUAGCACGGAGGAGAGACCAGAUACAAUUCGACAGAAGACUCGAAACUGGGCAGAUUGUCCUAUCGAUGACUCUGUUACUGAAUCAUCUCCACCGCCGUCAUCGUCAAGUAUGAAGAGUCCUUCGUCGAACGAUGAUUUUCAAAUUGUUCGUAAUCGCACACCAAAAUCUCGUACAAACCAGCAAUCAUCGGCACGUGGACGUCAUACUGGAAAUCACUAUCGUGGAAUGACAUCUUCUCAAACAUUCAGUCACAAUCAUGGUUAUCAUAAUCUAAUGUCGCCAUCAAUUCUGAAUCAAUCUCAACAAAGUUAUCAGUAUCCGUACCAUAAUAAUCGACAGCGAAUGAAUAAUAAUCAACGAAAUGAAAAGAAUUUCAUAUCGAAUAGUUAUAGUACAGAUGAUUUUUCUGCGAAUGCAUUGGCAGCAGCGGAAAAUCGGCCACGUCUACAAUUAUUGCCGCGUUCACUGAAGGUUUCUUCUACAAAAAACGAUAAUACAACAGUAGAUUUCUCAUCUCGAAAUGCGAACAUAUUCGGUUCUGGUAAACCACGUGACGAACAUGAUCCGAAAAUAGUCGAGUUGGACAAGCACAUUGACGAAGUCAUUGAUAAAGUACAACAAUUGUCUCGUACCACAUCGACCACAUCUAACGAUGAAUCGAAGAAUGAUGUUAUUAAACCUGUGCGAAUCUUAUCGUCGAAAUCUACGUCUUCAAGCACUCAUUAA